CGGGUACGCAGUGAAGGGCGGCCCGAUCUCGUCCAGGUGGUCACGUGAAGUGAAUGUCUGGUGACGCUUGGCCCAUCGCUUGUCACGAAGUAUGCGGGCACAACUCGAGCAGCGGCCGGGCACACCACACGCCGGACUGAGAGCUCCUACAGGCACAACACACACAACACACACAUGUCAUUGGAUGGCCUGCACUGUGGCGCGUGCCCUCUCCCCCCCUCUCUCUUCUUUCUCUAGAGUGAAGAGCCGCGAGCUUUGCAAAGAUCUGCCGAUGGCGCAGAUCUCUAUCGUGUGUGCUGUCUGGUGACUCAUACGUACUCGCUGGAUCAUUGCUCUCUCGCUGUGCAUCCACUUGCAAAGGUACGCCUUCUCUAUGCACCAUUCACACACGCUGUGUGCAGGUUUGCGGACGUGUGGACCUCCCUGCUCAUGGUGUGGUGUGCCAACUUCAGGUGUGUGAUCGUUCGACGUUCGCCGGCCAUCCUCUGGACUGCAUACAACCGCCUUGGACGCCUGACAAAUCGCCUCGUUCGACAAUGCUGACCCUUGUCGGGCUCAAAUGGGUCGCUGUUGGCCUGCUGGGCUCGGUUGCGGCCAUGGCCAGCGACUCCGCUGGUUUCUCCACAAAGGCUGACUAUUCGCAACCUAUCGUCAUAGCCGGCGGAGGUAAGCCACCGCACCGAUGUCCCCAGGCUUUCCACAGUGAUUUGCCCCUCUCUCCUUUGCAUAGGCCCUGCGGGACUCUCGACAGCGCUGAUGCUCGCCAAGCGAGGCUUUCGCGACAUCACUGUGCUCGAGGCGAUGAGCGCAAAAAACUACCUGAAAGACACCGACCGCAGCUACCGCAUGGGGCUUCAUCCCCGAAGCCAGUGGGUCCUGGAGAGCCUCGGGGCAGCCGACGCCGUCAAGGCUGACGCCUCCCUCGACAUUGGGAAGAACGCGACGAUUGUCCGGCCUGAAGGCGUGACAGUACGGAGGAUUUUCAGAGACCCGACUGACAAGAGGGGAGCUAGCAAAGGGGACGGCAAGAGCCGCAAGCGCACGUACAACGAUUAUUGGCUAGUGACGCGGCAGACUCUGGUGCGAGGUCUGUUCCGUACUGUGCGGAGAAAGUACCCGCGUUGCAUUCGAGUCAUCUUUGACGCCAAAGUGGACUCUGUGCGGAUCACUGAACGGCAAAGCCGCCCCGUGGAAGUGACGUUUACCAAGCCGUCGCGGGUGCCUUUCUGGAGGAGUCCGGUCAUGACAAUACGGCAGCUGAACGCAUCUCUCGUGCUCGGUACUGACGGCUAUCGCAGCAAGGUGCUGGACGCCAUGAAGGAGCUCAAUCCAGACUUCAAAGAAGUGGUCCUCUCCCAGUGUCCACGGCUUCCGGCCAAAGAGAGCCGCAGAAGGUACAAGGUGCUGUCUUUCCCUGGCAAUGUCACCUUCUGCUUCUCACCGAGGUCACAAGGCAACAGCAGUGCCCCUCCGCAGCGCUACCAGCUACACCACGACACCCUCGGCCUUUUCUAUUCCGCAAAGGACAACGUCCGAAUGAGCCUCUUCCAGGCACCCAGGAAGACUUCGCUUCGCCCCGGCGUCAUCGCCGUCGACAAGAGCCACAAACUGCUGUCUCUUAAGACGUGCGAUGCGGUGCUGGAGUACUUCGGGGAGGUAUUUCCACAUCUGCGGCCGAUCCGCGUGUUCAUAUCUCGAGAGGAGGCCGAUCGCUUCGCCAAGUCGCGGCCGGGGACGCUGAGUCUUCCGCGGUAUGUCUGGCCGCUGCACUAUGGGGACCGACUGGUACUGCUUGGCGACUCAGCACACUCUGUGCCGCCCAACAUGGGGCUGGGCGUCAACGCAGGUAAGAGGGCAGCGCACAGAAGAGGGGUUGCACGUUUUUUAGCACGAUGUGUGUCUUCUCUGCAGCUUUGGACGACUGUCGUGCUUUGAAGGAAGCACUCGACAAGGCUGGGGAUGACCUAGCGAUGGCACUCCCACUGUACAGCGAGCUGCAGGGCAAGGAGGCCCAGUCGCUUGCACUGCUCGAGUAUCGGCACUCGCUGACGCCCGCCUCGGCGAUGUUCAGGCAGCUGACGCCCCUCCAGCGUCUCGAUUGGCACGUCGAGAAGAGGCUGCGGAGCAUGCUAAGAAAGCUCCUGCCGUGGCUCUUUUCGACAGAAUUCGAGACCAUCCCGCUGCGGACAGCAUACGGCGGGAGCCUCACGAAGGUGCUCAGAGAGGCAGAUGCUCUGGCCAACACUGCGAGGGCUGCAAAGCUGGCGCUAGUAGCGACUAUCGUUCUCGCUGGAGUCCGCGAAGCCAUCCGCAGGGGACUCGUUGAGGUGGUGUGGAGCACCUAACAGAGAAUGAACAGCCCAAGUCCUGGCGCGAAAACCCGGGCGCCAGAGGGUGAGUGCAAGUUUAUCUAGUGUGAGGGCAUGGUGUGCGUGUUUGGAGGGGUCGAGAGUGUGAAAAUGUCAACCGCUCGUGUGUGAAGAGUGUAUGCGGGCGCAUGGUUUUGACCUUGCCUGAGUGUGUCUUUUUUGUGUGAGUGGUGUUUUUUGAUGCGGCGUAUGCUCGUCAAGGUCAUGGUGAGUGAAGGCCACGUAAGUGUGUUGCGUCCGGUGAGGUUCUGGUGCCCUCAGGGUAGCCUAAGGCGGGGCGAGGGAUGUCUAUCAUAUACACAUCUCUAUGUAUGUAUGUAUGUAUGUAUGUAUGUAUGUGUGUGUCAGUUGAAGGUAGACCCUGUCGGAACGCACAACAAUGGACACACACAUGUAUCUCGUGCAUCCACAUCCCUCGUAGUCGGGCCGGAUUCGAGUGUCACGCUGACUGGCAUG